AUGCUGAGCACCGGGCCCCCGCCCCGGGCCCGCGCCUCCGGCUCCCGGGACGCCUUUUACUCGGGACCCCUACAGGAGCUGGACCUCUCCCUCGGGAGCCCAGGCGUUUCGCCCUCGCCCGGCCCGGGUCCCCCGCCAACCCGCCGGCCGGGUUUUCUUGCACUCACCGCGGGGCGGCUCUGGGCGAGCCGGCCUGAGACCAGCCGAGCCCCUGGGGGCAGCGGCAGAGGCGGGACCGCAGAGCGCGCGGAGCGCACUGCGGGGGCGCGCCGACGCACAGGCGCGUUCGCGCCCGCACUCCUGCACCGACUGCCCCCUCCUCACACCCACACGCACACGCGGGCGGCGGGCGGCGCGCGCCGGGCCGGCUCCGCGGCGGACGCGAGCGCGGGAGCCCAAGGAAUCCCUGGAAUGAGGGGCCGCCUGCUCUCUCCAGGGCUCCGCCGGGCUCCGCCGGGCUCUGCCAGGCCCGCCCGAACACGCCCCCGAACACGCCCCUCCCACAGAGCAGGUGGGGCUGAGCCCAGUAGACACAGCACACGUGACACCGACGUCCACGGUCGAGCCACACUCCGUACCCACUGGACUAGCUGCCCCUUAACCGCCACAGCCAGCCAAGUGACAGCAGCGCCUUCGAUCGAGCCAGAGACCUGCACCACUACCCUACCCUCGGCUUCAGACCCGCACCGUCCCGGCCUCCCGCACAGACCUUCCGGGCAAGCAGCCGCUGGAAGAGCGUACAAGCCCUCCGGCAUCCAGGGCUCGGCGUUCACACCUGCUCACCUGCCGGACAGCGGCGCACGCGGCGCCUCUCGCCUCCCCGGGCUCCGGGCUCCACGGGGCGCUUACCUGGGACACCAACGCACCCUCUCGUUACCCACACACACCCCAGCCACAGUGGCCAGACAGGCCAGCAGCCACACGUACCUGAGGGUACAGGUCGCACUUGCUUGGGGAGGCGUGUGCUCAGGUGCCACUGAGAUCAGAACGGCCGCUGCAGUCCAGGACACUCAGACGCGGCUCGGUUUCUUCCCAUUACAGCAUUUUUAG